AUGAAGGGGUUGCGCGUUGCUGUCCUUGUGGCACUUUUCAGAAGUGCAUGGGCCCAAGCAGGCAAUUGUCCGGGAACCUUUACGUCCAUAUCCGCUGCUGAUUUCGUUUCUCGUGUCCAUCCGGGGUGGAAUCUGGGCAAUACUCUUGACGCUGUUCCUAACGAGGGCUCCUGGAAUAACGCUCCAGUUCAAGCAUCCACGUUUGAUACUGUCAAGACGGCUGGAUUCAAGAGUGUUCGACUUCCAGUUACAUGGGCAAACCACUUCACUGGAGAGUCGCCGGACUGGACCGUUGAUCCAGCAUGGCUGCAGAGAGUCUCUGACGUUCUGGAUAUGAUUACAUCGCGCGGCCUGUACGCAAUUGUCAACGUUCACCACGACUCGUGGAUCUGGGCCGAUGUCACUCAGUCAGGAGCCAACCUUACGAUGAUUGAGGAGAAAUUCUAUCGACUCUGGUAUCAGAUUGGCACCAAGUUGGGUUGCAAGUCGAACAUGGUUGCCUUCGAGUCAAUUAAUGAGCCACCUGUCAACAACGCUCAGGAUGCUGCCGAAAUCAACAAACUGAAUCAGAUCUUCCUUCAGGCUAUCAAUCAAGCUGGAGGAUUCAACUCCAAGCGAGUUGUCAAUCUGGUUGGUGGUGGCGAGGAUAGCAUCAAGACCUCGCAGUGGUUCAAGGCUCCUACUGGCUUCUCUAACCCUUACGCCAUUCAAUUCCACUACUAUAGUCCCUAUGACUUCAUUUUCGGCGCAUGGGGCAAGACCAUCUGGGGCUCGGACUCUGACAAGGCUGCCCUUACCAAUGAUUUCAAGUUGCUUCGAAACAACUUCACCAAUGUGCCCAUCAUCCUCGGAGAAUACGACGCAUCUCCGACGAACACUGAGCCAGCUGCACGCUGGAAGUACAACGACCUUCUAGUUCACGCUGCUGCCCAGUACAACUUUGCCACUAUUCUCUGGGACAAUGGCCUCGACCACCUUGACCGCACAACAGGCAAAUGGCGCGACCCAACCUCCCUCCAAAUCCUCACCAAAACAAAGUCCUCCACCAAGAACAGCCUGCCCGACAGCACCACAGAUGCCUCCGCGACUAGCCAGUCGUCUUCCGCCUAUAUCUUCCACCAGGUCGGAGCGCCAGUCACAAGCCAGACCCUCCCCUUCAUCUUCAACGGCAAUACCCUCCGAUCCAUCAAGGAUUCCAGUGGCACCACCCUGAAGCAAGGAACGGACUACUCCGUCUCCGGCUCCAACAUCGUUUUCACGGCGUCGUACCUCUCCAAGCGCAUCUCCGCGUCUACGAAGCCUGGCAUCAUCACCGACCUCACCCUCACGUUCUCCUCGGGUGCCUCCCCCGUCGUCCAGCUCGUGCAAUGGCAGACGCCAACACUGGGCUCUACGUCCGUGGCCGCAUCCUCGGUCUCCGGCGACCUCUCCAUCCCGAUUACAUGGGGCGGCGUCCCUAAGGUCGCGGCCGUCAAAGCUGUUACCACGGGUGGCAAAUACCUCGUUGAUGACUGGACACAGUUUCUGGGCCCGUUGCAACAGGCCAGAACGACCUAUAGCAGCCAGUGGAAGUUCGAGGGCUCGAAUGUCAUUUUGACGUCUGGGGCGAUUGACGCUGUGAAAUCUGCUGGUCAGACUACGGUGUUUACGUUUGAGUUCUAUCCCCGUGUUGCUGGUGGUGCGAAUACGGUCAACUUCACUGUGACUGUUUAG